AUGGAUCUCCCUCCCGUUGUUCAGCGUGUGCUCUCGCCGGCAGCUUCUGAAGCCCUUCAGGCAUUCGGCGUGAUAUCUCUUGCUGACUUCGGCCAUCUUUCGGCUACGGACUUGCUGGAGAUCACCGCCGAUGAGGCGACCUUGCAGUGCAUCACCAGUGCCUGGCGUGUGGCCCUGGUGCAGUGCAAAGCAGCGGAGCAGAGGCCUCCUGCUGCGUGCGUUCCCAUGGCGCCUCUUCCAGCCGUGCCUAGUGUGGCUGCUCUCCUUACAACCAGACCCAAAGCGCGUCUGUUUCCCCCAGCUGCUAUUGCCCCGAGGCCAUUCCGACAUGUUAUUUCGCAGGCAAUUCCAGCAGCAGGGGCCAGUGGCAAGACGUCUGACCGCCGAGCCGAUUGCCUGGAUGCCAUGUUUCAGGUUGCGGUGCAAGUUGGUUCGAAUAACUGUGCCUUCGGCCGCGAGCUGGGUAUGCGUCAGGAUGAGGCCAAGCCGUUAUUCUUUCGAAAGUUUCAGGCGGUCUCUGACGAACGACUGGUGGCACUCCGCUCGGCCCUUCGUCGCUGGUAUAAGUGGCAUUCGCAACAUGCACCCCGAGAUCAGCCCUUCUGGCAGCCUUCUGCACUUACAUUGAGCAGCUACUUCCAGGCCGUCAGCCGAGGUGGGCCUACUGCAGCUAGUGCUGCCUUUGCUGCCCUUAAGUUCUGGAGAGACAAAGUGGGUCUUCCCUUCUGCCUCGAUGAUGCCUUGGUAAGCCACUGGGCGGCCCCAGCACAGGGUCACAAAGCCGUUGGUCGAGAUCCGAUCCCUUUAUGCAUCUUCCUGUGCCUCUGCAAGGCAGCCACGGCGGCCACCGGCUCUGUUCGCACCUUUAUGUGCCAUGCUUUGUUAACUUUGGUAGCUUGCUUACGUUUUCGCCACUUGCAGUGCAGCUUCCGGCUUCAUAUUGACUCGGGUUUCCUGCGUGGAACCUGCAAGAAAGGAAAGCGCCGGGUCCAGCAGACCAGGCCUCCCUUUGAUUGGGCCUGCCCGAGCCAGCUUCCUUUCGGUUUGGAUUUGGCACAGCAGAUCCUCCUGGACUACGGUGAACUUCAGACCGCCAUGGGGGAUUCGGCCGAUUUUGUUGUCACUGACUAUAACCUGCGCUCAGGUGAAGCCUUGACGGCCUCUACCAAGCGAUGCUUUCGGCCUAUGGGACUGCCGCGCUUCUGUGAGCUCCUGCGCUCGCUGCUUCUGACCCUGGGCAUACCGCCUGAUGCGGUGGGUUCCUUUACGAGUUACUCACUCCGGAGGUUCCUGCCCACAUGUGCCGACUCAUUACAGAUGCCUGAAGAAAGCAAGGUGGCCAUUGGUGACUGGCAGGAGAAGCCUCAGCUCGUUGCUGCGCCCAAACACCGUGCUGCACCAAACAGCAUGGCUGUCAGGUAUGCACAUGAUCGAGUGCUCGCUGCUGGUUUCGUCAAGCUUCAGGUUGUGGUCUGCGUAGAUGCAGUUUGCAGCAAGUGCGGCAUGGACAUCACCUGGAAUGAUCGGCGCAUGAACGCGCCCUCGGCAGACGAGACUGCAGAGCUGGUCCGAGCCGAGCGUUGGCAUGGAUAUGCUGCUAAGCCUCGCCCGGUGCCAGCUAAGGCAGACUCCUCCAGCUCCUCGGCGUCUUCUACCUCCGGUGACUCCGAUGACGAGGAAUCCGAGGCUGAGCUUGCUGCAUGGUUUCGACAGUCUUCUCGGGGAGCCCUUCAUCUUGUGCAGGGGAUGUCGGGCCCGAGAUUUAUUCCCUAUUGUCAAGACGUUCCCUUUGAGGGCCCUCAUGUGGAGCGAGGCUCGGGGCUUGAAGCUUCGGACAAUGUGUGCCGUAAGUGUCUCGCCCGCGCUCCUGACUAUGUUAAGCAGUUCCGCGGUGGUUAA